AGGAGCUGCUGAGGAUCGCCAGAAAGCUGGAGAAGAUGGUGGCCAGGAAGAACACGGAAGGGGCCCUCGACCUUCUGAAGAAGCUGAACAGCUGUCAGAUGUCCAUCCAGCUACUCCAGCCCCCAAGCAUUACCAGAAGCUCUUGGCCCUGAAAAAAAUCAACACAGAUCCAAGCUGUAGUAGCCAGAGCUGUGUCUUAAGCUGAAGCUUGAACUCAAAGAUGCCAGGAGGUGGAAAUGGUGAGGGGUCAGCAGCAGCAGCCCAAACCACCACUGCCGCAGCUUUUCACCGAAACUGCAGUCAUCCGUCAGUGCACAGGGCUGGGCCUUGGGCACCGGACCUCACAGAGGGCCACAGGUCAGGGCCUCAGACAACCAGGAUUGGAGUCGCCGUUAACGGGGUCCGCAAGCACUGCUCAGACAAGGAGGUGGUGUCUUUGGCCAAAGUCCUCAUCAAAAACUGGAAGCGGCUGCUGGACUCCCCUGGACCCCCCAAAGGAGAAAAAAGAGAGGAGAGAGACAAAGCGAAGAAAGAAAAAGGGCUUAACUGUUCUGAUUGGAAGCCAGAGGCAGGCCUUUCUCCACCGAGGAAAAAACGGGAAGAUCCCAAAGACAGGAGAGACUCUGUGGACUCCAAGUCAUCAGCCACCUCCUCUCCAAAAAGGCCAUCGAUGGAAAGAUCAAACAGCAGCAAAUCGAAAGCAGAGACCCCCAAAACACCCACCAGCCCCUCGACCCCCACCUUUGCCCCCUCCAUCUGCCUCCUGGCCCCCUGCUAUCUCACAGGGGACUCGGUGCGGGACAAGUGUGUGGAGAUGCUCUCAGCAGCCUUGAAGGCCGAAGAUGAUUACAAGGAUUAUGGAGUCAAUUGUGACAAGAUGGCAUCAGAAAUCGAAGAUCAUAUCUACCAGGAGCUCAAGAGCACGGACAUGAAGUACCGGAACCGGGUGCGCAGCCGGAUCAGCAACCUCAAGGACCCCAGGAACCCCAGCCUGAGGAGGAAUGUGCUCAGCGGGGCCAUCUCUGCUGGGCUCAUUGCCAAGAUGACGGCAGAGGAAAUGGCCAGUGAUGAGCUGAGGGAAUUGAGGAAUGCCAUGACCCAGGAGGCUAUCCGUGAGCACCAGAUGGCCAAGACUGGCGGCACCACCACUGACCUCUUCCAGUGCAGCAAGUGCAAGAAGAAGAACUGUACCUACAACCAGGUGCAGACACGCAGUGCUGAUGAGCCCAUGACUACCUUUGUCUUAUGCAAUGAAUGUGGCAAUCGCUGGAAGUUCUGCUGAUGGAACCGCCAGCCAGGAUUUCAGUGAACAAGGUGAGGAAGAACAAAGAGAAAGCACUAAGCCAAUCUAGCUGGAGAAAAAAAUAAAAAUUAAGAUGAAGAAAAUGCCGAACUCUGAAUGGGGUCUUAGGGAUCAGAGGGAGAAGUCUUUUGCAUGUUAAUAAUCAGUUAUUAAUAUACGCUAAUGGG